AUGAAUCUUACUAGUCACGUUGAUUAUUUCAACCAGAAGAUUAACAAAACAGCAGAUUUGAAGAAAAUUAAACAAUGUUUAUCCAAGGAGUUUUAUCAAGAGAAGCUUGAAGAAGAAGACAUCUCAGCAACAGCAAGAACAAGCAACCAGACGGGUAGUCCUACCUUACAUCAAGAAUACAUCAGAACUCGCAACCAGAUUAUUGGCUCAAAAAGGAGUCUUCGUGGACCACAAACAGAAUGCCACUCUAAGGAAAUUAAUCUCUAG